AUGGAAAAGGAUAAAAAGGAUGAAUUAAUACUUGAGAUGGAAGAAAGGAUGUAUGCGCCUCUACAAUGGGAAGCACACACAGCGCCAUGCAAAAUUCAAGAUCUCAAGGCAGCGCAAUACGAGGAAGCUUUACGCUUGAUAAAACAUCAUUUCUUCCGGGAAGAGCCGAUGUGUAAAGCGGCUUCUUUGCUGGAAGACCGAAAGUCCGUGGGUGCAUUACUGGAUCUUACAAAAACGUGGAUGAAGGACAAUACUAGUUUGGUCGCACUCAGUUUAACAUCGGGACGUGUUAUUGGAGUCGCCGUUACGCGAGUCAACAGUGAUUCAGAUAAAACCGACACGUACAAUCGUGUAUUAAAAUUCGAAGGAGACACUCUGGAAAAUAUUAUGCGACUGAUCAACGCCGUGAUCAAGCAAACGAAUGCGUACAAGGCAUUCGAUUGCGAAACGUAUCUUCGUGUCCAUCUUCUCUGUGUUCAUCCGUCUUAUCAAAGAAAAGGUGUCGGCUUGUCCCUCUUGACAACUUGCGUUCAAGUUGCUUCCACGUUGAAGAUACCAGCAAUCGGUGGUGUAUUCACUUCGGGCUACAGUCAAUCAUUGGCGACAAAACUAGGCUUUGAUCUUGUCUCGGAAAUUCGUUACAGCCGUUGGACGGUCAACGACAAGGUCGUAUUCGACGAUCCCGGCAAAGGAAAUUAUUCGGCCGCUUUCAUGGGAAUGAGAAUUUCUCCAGCCGAGGAAUAUAUUCACGAAUCCUAACAUCAGCAUCGUGUGUUGGUAAAGUGAGAAGACGAAUACAGCG